AAAAAGCUGAAAGAAGGAUGCAGCCGGCGUGCACAUCCACACUCAUCUGACGUCCCAGCCAGCAUCAAUCAGGAUAUGAUUGCACAGCAAGUCCACCCCCCCAAUUCACGUACUUCCAUCACCUCCAUCACCUGGCCAGAUCCGAGGAGAGGAUGAACAUACAUGUUGCCUUUUCGGCAAUGAAUGGCAAAUUUCUCCAUAGUCUUUCGGGUGGGCUAUGGAAAACCUCACUCAGAUCUGUUGGCGCAGUCCAUCCAUCUAUCCUAUCAUCCAACACAGUCAUCCAUCCAUCCCCCACCCGCUACCACCACUCACUGUGUCUCUUCCCGCCUCUCUGCCGACUGCCCCGGACCCCUCCCCCCCAGAUACGGGGACAUCCGCUCCAUCAGAGCCGUCGCUGCCUCGAUGCAACGCGGAACAGAUACAUCGACAUCGGCCUUUCCGCGCCUCUCACGCAUAUCCGGCACGCGACACACAGCCGGACAGGACUGCGGUGUCGAUCCCCAUGGGUUGGUGGCAGCAUCAGCAUCAUGAGCAGAAGCCACCCUGGUGCCGCCAUGGUCUCGCUGCUUUGACGGGGGUGGAGUGGCGAAGGGGCCCCUCUGGCUCGAGCAUGGCGACGGCGAGGCGGGGGCAUGUCGACGGUGGAGCCACUCCCUCUCUGGAUGGGGGCUGGAGCGGAAGUACGUCUUUCUGUGGUACUUGGCCGCCAGCCGCUCUGCUCGCGCCUUGAUGGACCACAGCAAGGCCGACUGCUGCGGUGCCACUGCCAGCGGAUCUUUGCCCUCUGCAGGGGACUGAGGGGGGCCGGCGAUGCGCAGACGAACGGGGCUGGAGCGACCCUUGGUUGCGAAGGGCUUAGGUGGGGGUAUGGGAGGUGGGGUCGAGGGGCUGCUCAUCGCAUGGCUGGCUUGGGCGGCGAGCGAAGCGCUGCUCGCCAGCUGGUGAGGUGCAACGAUGUCCUUCUCGACUUGUCGGACGUCGUCACGUGGCUGUCCCCUCAUGGGAGCCCUGACACUCCUUUCCGCUAUCAAGGCCUUCUUGACGGCAGCCUUUGCCAUGUCCACCCCCCGCACCCCACCCUUUUCGCCAGGCGCCGAAGGUCGAUCCUCAUCCCGUGCAGCAGCCACCUUCUGGCCAGCAGGACGAGAGCCCGCCUUCCUGUCGGGCGGCUCCGACGUUCUCUUGGGAGGUAGUGUCCUCUGGCGAAUUGUGGUGGACGUCGGCGUGGCUGGACGGGACGAUUUACGGGUCGACGGAAGGGGGAGAGUGGGGGAUGUCCGGGAUGACGAGCGGAUUCUAGAUGGGGGAGUGGCCCGGAGAUUCGAGAAGGGGGAGGGCUGGCUGCUGCGAGAGCUAGGGAGGUACACCCGGAGGAGAGGCACUUCUGAAGACCACACAAAUCGACAGUGACAGGGGAAGAUCCUAUGGCUGGUUUUCCUUCUUCGCUCGCUCACCUCCCUCCAUGUUAGUAUCCAGCGUGGCCAUCGUCGGCGUGAAAGGCGUAGGAGAUAUCCUAGAUCCCGGCCUCCUCUCCCCCACCACUGCAGGCGACCGCGCGGCCAUCGCAGCCCGCGACCGGGGCAGCGCCGGCAUCGACUGACUGCGCGGAAUCAUGCCGUCGAGGUCCUCUCGUGCGGACUGGAAGGGCGACACACACGCACUGCGGGACGACACCUCGCGAUAAGAGACGAAGGGGGACGGCAGGCCCAGUCCCAGCUUGCGGCGGCCGAAGAAGGGCGUGUAGUGCGCCUUCGACGGCUUUCUCCCAUCAGCCCUGGCCGCUGGCUCGCUUACUGGGCUGCUCGGCGACCCCCCUCCCGCCCUCCUCUUUGGCCACUGGUCGUCAUACGUAUGACGCUCCCUCAUCAGCUCCUUCACUAGCGCAGUAUAGGGCUGCUUAAACAAUCCCGGAGGAAGCUCGUCUGACGCAUCACGUGGCUGAGAGAUGAUGUCCGGCCGCCGGCCCUCAUCAUCCGCCGACCCCUUGACGUGCAUCGGCCGUUCAGCGAACGGAGAUGGCCGCACCCUCUCGGUCACUGAUUGGCUGUGUGUGGCAGCAGGGGUGAGGGCGGGAGGCUGCACACGCUGCUGUUGCUGUUGCGGUGGUGGCGGGAGGGAGCGUCGGAUGCGCGCCUGUGUGGCGUUGAACAGCUUCUUGCCGUCCAGGGAGUGCAGCGAGGGGAGGAAGUUGAUGAGGGUGGCGCGGUGCGUGGGCGAGUUGGUGAGGGGGUUGCCCUCCAGCACCAGGUCCACCAGGGAUGUGUUGAGCGAUAGAGGCCGCAACGACAAAGGGGAUGCCAGCGAGUUGUGGCCCAAGUCGAGCCAAACUAACCUGCAGCAGGAAGGAAGGCCGACAGACACCAAACAGGAUGUGUGAUGACACAGACAGACAGAGAUGAAUGAAUGAAUGCACUCAUCGUUUGCAUGUGCGCACCUCUGCAGCGGCUCCAGGUCUUCUACUUGCCAUAUCUUGUUCCUUCUGACCGACAGCCGCUCCAGCAUGCGGCAUGGCCACAAGCCCCGAAGGCUUCCUAGUCGAUUCGACGACAAAUCCAAUCGCCUGAGGCCUCUCGAACACGCCUCGAGAGCGGAGUCUGGAGUGCUGUGCUCCGCGUCUGGAGUGCCCGAGGGGCCCGAGGGAUACAUGGAGAGGCUCAAUGGCGACGGCUGGACCAGCAGAGUUGUGAUGUGGUUAUUGCUGAGGUUGAGGCUGACGAGAUGACGCAAGUGGCGGAGCUCUGAAGGAAAAUGCACAGAAAUGCAUCCCGAUGCAUCCAAGUGGCAAUGUGUGCAUGGAAAGCGGCUGCUGGUCUCACCUGCGAGGCUUUGUAUCCUGUUGUUGGAGAGAUCAAGAUGGGUGAGCGUCACAGGGCUGCGAUGGAGUUCCAGAGGCCUCAAGUCAUCAAUUCUGUGGUGGGAGAGGUCCACCUCGAGCAAUUCGUCGUCCAUGCUCACCCGGAUGCAGGAAAUAACGUGCCUAUUCCUUCUAUACACGCCAAAAGAG